UCUCAGACGCGUUUCAGUUUCACAGUCAAUCGGACAAAUUCUCAAAUUCGGCUCUCGCACACAAAAAUAUGGAAACUUCCCAUUUAUUCGCUUUGUUUUUGCUAAUCGCAGGGGUUAACGCCUAUCCGCAAUUCGCGAAUUGGAAUGCACGCAGCCCCGACGAUCAGCUGCUGAAUACAUUCAUCAGAGGGCAGCCGAUUGGACCUUCCAGCUCGACGACAACGCCACAGCCAACAACAGCAUCGUCCCGCGUCCUGGCCUGCAUCCAAUCCUGUCCGGCGACCAGCGAAUAUAAUCCCAUUUGCGGCAGCGACAAUGUUAACUAUUAUAAUGCGGGACGUUUCGACUGCGCCGUUCGCUGUGGUCAAAAUAUUCGUCGUUUACACUUGGGAAUCUGCAGCACAACGUAGAGCACAGCUGAAUGGGAAUUUUAAUUCUUCCAGCAACUAGUCUGUUCCACAAUCUACAGUUCAAUGCUUAAUGAAUGACCUUUAAAAAAAUAUGUGAAUAAAAACAAGCGAGCGCUAAUUACGCGACGGUGCUUGACCAACUGAUACCCUGUACAAAAAAUAAAUAAAAAUACCUAUACAUAUAAA